CGGAAAUGUGUCUUGAUUUAGAGGUCUAUGCUGUCUACCUGGCCGGAUCAUGACUGCUGCUGCGACGCAGUCAUACGACUCUGCGGACCGGAGAGAUGUCGGAGGCUAACAUUGCAACUACCGUUUCAAAGCUAGGAGCGGACAGUCAGAGAGUGAGAAGUGAGGGGCUCGAGGGUAAUGCUGAAUCCCUCUGACUGCUCGGAGCUAAUGAUGUUGCUUCAGAGCUCAAACGGCUCCUGGGAGAAGAGAGAAACUCGCAGGAUAUUGGAGAGGACAUCUUCCACAGGAUACUGGAGCUUCUCUAUAAGCUAGUGUCCAAGGAGAAGCCUGUGUUCCUUCGAGCCACUACUAAGCCAACGACAAGAAACACUGCUGCUGCUCGUUUGCAGGCGGCGUCGGCAGCCCUCCGUCUAGUGGUCGAGGUAGCCACCCAAAGGCUCACUUUCAAAACCGCUCUUUCAGUAUUGGACCAUAUAAUCGACACCCUACUCUCGCCGGAUGGUUCUCUGUGCGAACCCCUCCAGAAUGACUACCUCAAGAGCUUCAGAAUCCUCCUUGGCUACGCUCCGCAUGGAGAACAUAUGCGCCGGAAACAAUGGCAGGCAUAUGUCGACUUCGCACUCGAGUGUCUGACGACUGGCCUCGACGAUGGCUCGGUUGACGAGGGAAGCUCAAGCAGUAGAGACAUCAGCAUGACUUCGAGGACAACUCAACACUUGUCUGUACGACUCAGCCACACAAGCUCCAGGAGCACAGGUAAGGGAAGUGCAUCAAAUUUCGAAGACAUUUGGGAUGCGUUGAAGUGUUUGACGUCUUAUACCAACGCACCAGUCAUGUCACGAGCGGCAAUUAUUGCUGAGAAGGUUGAAGAGUUCGUGCAGGUCGACAGGAGGGGUCAAGAAGGGGCAUUUGAGACUGUGAACAACCUCCUUUUUGUUUCUCUCACCGAAGAUGUUACCUUCACCCAGAGAUUGUUGUCUAACCUCAUUCCCGCCAUUAGACGAUUGUGGCCAACCAGGUCUAUCCUUCUCCAGCAACAGAUGCUAAUCACGUUGUUCUCAUGUCGAUAUCUAUUCCUUGCUCCAAGUGCACCCUGGGUUCCAAUCGAUUCAGCGUUAUUGGAACCGCUUUUGAUCACCAUUCUGUCGGACUACCGCACGAGGAACGAAAGGGACGUCCUUCACUUUGAUGACAUGCAGCCAAUUUUCGCACCAGAAAAUACCCCUCUGCAGCUCAAGCAAUUCAAACCUGUUCACAAUUCUCCGCGGGCAGUAACCAGCUGGUUUAUGUUGUCCACCAUCGCAUGUCUCAUCAUUGGAUUGAGUCUCAAAAGACAUACCCAGACUGAUGCAGCCGAUUCAGAGGAGAUUCCGCGGAAGCGACAAAAGGUUCAGAGCCGGCUAGAUGAAAUCCUUGAGCUAGCAAUGGUGGGCACAGGGCAAGAAAAACUAGUUGCUCUACAAAUUAUCUUGUUUCUCUUUGAUCAACCUGAAGGCAUUGAGCAAGACUGGACAAAGGACCUUUACAGGCUAUUGCCAGACCUUGGCAACGAGGAUCCUACCAUUCAAACAUGGAUUCUUCUGGUCUUUUCACGACUAGCGAUCGGUAAUGCUGGUCGCGAUUAUGAAACCUCAGAUUUCUGGUUGCAAGUAUGGGACGCAGCGACCAGAGCCAUGACAGUUGUCUCCACAACGAGGGCUGCAUGCCAUGCACUCAACGUCCUCCUCCGGGUAGGGGCUCUAGAUUCGUCAAUGAGCGCAAACUCGCUGGAGAGUACCUUAUUCGGAGGUGGUAAUAAUGGCCCUAGCAGUCUCACAGACACAUCUCUGCUCUUGAUGACACAAGCUCUGCGCUCUAAAUGCUUUGACCACGAGCGGCGUUUUGAGUCUUUCGGUCUAAAGGUCAUUGCGUGGCUCGCUGCUCGCUGGACUCUCCCUUCGAACCUUGAUCGCCUUCACAAUGCACACACCGUCUGUCACGCCAGACCGGAACUUUUAUAUUCUUUAUUGAGUACUACGUGCGGCCUCACAGAUUCGAUAGCCUUUUGUGAAACUUGGACACCAGCGCAUCCGUUGUUCGACUCGGCGAUGAUAGCGUCAGUCAAUCUCGACUUCUUGCGGUAUCUUCUCUCCAUUCCUGCUCCAUCACUCGAGGUAGACGAGGAUCCAAAGAUCUUUCGUCGCCAAUUAGAAACGGCCACCCUGGCUCGUCUUUUCCGAACUGUGAUCGACUUUCUAGCAAAAAAGACGAGAGAUUUUGUCCACUCAUGGACGGUGAUCCGCGAAGAGCGAACUUCAAAUAUUGGAAAUGACAUCGUGGAAAUUCUAGGUGUCGCCUCAGUCGUCUCCUCAGCGUUAUGGGUUCGUUGCAGUGGUCAAGCUCCUGGACACAGGCAGCCUUCGAUCUUGGAAGAGAGCCGCCGCGUCCUCAGGGACUUUAUCGUCAAGCAAACUAUCGAUCGCUCACGGGAAAUGGCCAAUCGUAUCUGCGACUGCGUUGUUACUACCCACAAACAAUUGUAUCACAACGGCAACCGCAGCUAUGGCGAAGAAUAUCAAGCCUUCAUCGAAUUUGCGUUGGAUAUUGCUCGCCUUGCCAUGCCCUCAGCGACUAGGAGCGAUCCCGCAGACUUGGAUUUCCUGGACGAUGAUGCAUGGGAUUCCCAGGCGAUUCAAAGGAGUCAGCCAGGCGCCGGUAUCGAUACGUCCAGACUUGACCUUCCGCUAUGCAAAGAUUCGCCUGCUCGGUUGGCGAGAUACUCGGUGGAGCUGACGAGAGCUCUUCAAACCGUCAAAUCUGCAGGAGUCCUUGACAGUUCUGUAACUGGUCUGAUCAUCGAUGAGGUCUUAGCGCUUGAUCCGUUCUCGCUCAUUGCUGCACGAGGAGCGGUGCAAGAAUUUCUCAACUUGAAAACCGCAACGACUCGUGAGGACGCUCAUCGCUUGCUCAAGAAACUGGCCGAGUCAUAUUUGCGGGACGAAGCCUUUGAAAGAUGCGAGUCUGCACUGUGUUUCUGUCUCCACACUCUUGAAAGCUUUAUGGAUCUUUGGACUGCUGCAGACGAAGAAGACGAAUUGGAGGGCACGGCUUUUGAUCUUUAUUUCUGGUUCCUCAAAACCACGACCCGCAGGGGCGUUGUAUCCCCGAGGGUGCUAUCAACACUGGCGGACCUUUUGGAUGCCCUGCUGCGCAAGGAUGCUUCUUACGGCGGCGAUGAUCUUCCAUCGCCCAGGACAAGCCUGCUGAGCAUCCUAGAUGUGAGUGACGCGGCAAACCAGUAUCGACUUGCAGAGAAACUGUCUCAUAUCUUUGAAAAAUACGUCCUGACUCAACACGAAGCAAUAUUCGAUGAUGUUGUCACCAAAUUGCCCACGGAUCCCGACAACAAAGAAGGCAUCGCUGUGCGCUUGUAUAUUGUUUCAUACCUUGGAGCCCGAUGGCAUACCGUACUGCGGCAAGCUAUGUAUCACUUAUUUGACACGGUUGCACAUGUACCAUCUACGACAAAACUCGGACGUGGCUGUAUCGCCAGAACCUGUGAAGUGCUCAAACUCCGACACCCAAGGCAGCUUUUCAAGUUGUUUUCUCCGCAGAUCUUCUACACAUGGCUAUCACAGGAGACCCUUGCCAACAUGCCCUUCCAACUAUUCCAGUAUGAGUCCGUGGAAGAGAUGGCUGAGGACAAUGUUGCAGAGCUUACAGGACAGAUCGCUCUUCGAGGAUUUCAACAUUCGGAGGAGCUGGCCCAGCUCGUUGACCAGGGAUGGGACCUUUUACUCAGCGAAAAUUUUGCCUACGCCGAAGCAUACACACUUGCUUCAGAAACUAGCGUGCCAAAACACGACCGUCUUUAUGAUGGCUCGGAAAAAUUAGUGCGAAAACAGCUAGGGUCGGAGCUAUACCUCCUACGACUUCGCGACUGCCUUCCAGACAUUAUUGCCUUGCUUGUACUAUCCCUUCAAGAUGAUCGAGGCAUCGAAAAGGCUCUCCCGAGCUCUAGCCUCGCAAUUUGGCAAGAGAUAGUCAACGAUUCGGGUCAAAAUGUCCAAUUACCACUUGCUCAGCAGCCAUGCUUCCGAGCACGUUGCCUGACUGAAGAGUUCAAAUACCUAUGCUGGCGUCUCGAUCUGAAAGAAAGCGAUAUGUGGACACCAGGCUUCUUAGUCCAUCUAUACAGACAACUUGUGGACAGAGCAAGGCCGGCUUUAGGACCUCUUCACACCUGCAGUAUCAUCCGCAAAAUUCGCAUCGUCAUCAGCCUUGCAGGUCCCAUUGCUUACGAAGGCUAUCCACUGGAGAUGAUGCUGCAUGAUCUGCGACCUUAUCUUACUGUUUUCGAGUGUGCUGAGGAGACAAUGGCCAUCUACCAUUUCCUUCUUCGUCACGGAGCGCAAUCUCUAGCCUCUCGCCCUUCGUUUAUCGCUGGCCUCUGUGUCUCAAUCUUCGCUUCUCUUACUGACUUCAUCGCGUCCUCUCAGGAUAGUACCACACAAGAGGACCAUUUUAUCUCGACUAUGACUAAGGCUCAAGAAUUUCGCGCGUUUCUGGGGCAGUUCUUGGAAUCCCUAGAGCUCGCAGAAACGGAUGGCGAAACACUAAGAAGGUACAAGAACAUCAUUCGGCAUGCGAAAGGUAUAUCUCGGACGGGGAGCAGCUUGCGAAGCACAAGCGAAGGGCAGUUGCUUUAUGCCUUGCUCUCGGACCAGAGCAGCACCAAUCCUCUUCUGUCGGAUUUUCAUUUCGAUCUCUCAAUCAAGAUUCUGUGCAGACAGUUUUACCCAGCGUCAGACUAUCAAGACGACAUACUUUCCAAUGACGACGACGCUUCCCGGUUCUUACCUACUCUCGAAAGCCUGUUGAGAAGAUUCGAUUUAGACGAAUCUUUCCGCAUCUGGGCCGCACAAGGGAUCGGUCGAGGUUAUAUCAUGCGCGGGUUAACCUCGACUACCAAUGUUGAAACGAGGCUUAUACAAAAUCAGUCGCCUGAUGCCGGACUCGAAGCGGCCUCUUCCUAUACAAACAUCGUACGCUACCUCGUCGAUCUGCUCUGGAAGUCCGAUUACCCUGCGUUGACUUUUGCCGAAAAUACUCUACAGCUUGUGUCCAGCAACUUGGACGAAGCCGAUGAAAGCGCCUUUUUGGCAGCAGAUUUUGACAAAAGGAUAGUCCAUGAGUUGAGACUCAAGAAUUUCCCAUGUCCUGCAGCGCCACUGUCCACGACAUUCGGUCUCAUAGACGAACAAGAAGGAGCCACUCACGACUCUCAGAAAUAUUCACGUAACUGGGCUAAGGAACUACUUACUCAGAUCUCCGAAGCUGCUGCUGGCGACCCUGUCCUGGGUUUCCUCCGGCCUCUAAUCAAAACGAUCCCUAAUGCAGCAGGUGUCUUGCUGCCGUAUAGCGUCCAUCUUAUCUUACUCGCCGAAGCCAACUCGCGCCAAGUUUUCCGCGAGACAUUAUCUCAGACCUCUUCCGCAGUUCUUUCAUCAAAGGAUCAGGCACUCAGUGAGGCCAGGAAAUUACUGCUGAAGACGCUCUUGUAUCUCCGAAAAUGCCACCUCCCGAACGAGACCAACAUGGCGCAACGAAACUCCUGGCUGGAAGUGGACCUCAGCAACGCCGCCUUGGCUGCUAGCGAUUGUCAAAUGUGGCAUGAAGCUCUGCUCUUCUUGGAACUUCACUAUUCUCAAGCCCAACUCCAGACAGGCCGGUCUUCUCGACGGUCUUUCGCAAUGACUAACAACAUCUCAACGGAAGUUUUCUCCAAGAUUUACGAAAAUGUCGAUGAUCCUGAUUUCUUCUAUGGCAAGCACCAGAGUCACGAUCUGAAGUCAAUCAUUAGCAAAAUGAGCCAUGAAGGGGCAAGCCAGAAAUCUCUAUCUUUUCAGAGCGCAAUGCUUGACUCUCGGUUGAGACUGGAGGAGCAAGAAAACAGCCUGGGUGAUGUUGCCUUCACGACAGCAUUAACCUUGAGCGCCGCAAAUAUGCAGGGUAUAUCUGAAGCAGUAAAGCAACAUUAUGAAGGGCCUCACAAGAACACUACCGACAGUAGCUUGGCCAUGGGUCAUUGGGAUCUUUGCUGGACCAGUGAGUCUUCUACGCCGUCGACCGCCUUGUCAUCACUAUUUCGCAACAUGCACAGCAUCUCAAAUAAGAGCAGUCUAGCUCGACAGCUGGACCUGUUGUUGCUGCAACAGGUUGACACUUUCCGAGCGGACGCUAUUAGACGAGGUCAGUUGGAUGACCUCUAUCCGAAAUUAGCAGUCCUGGCAGAGGCGAAGCAGAUUUUGGGUGCAACAACGGCAGAGUCCCUAGAUUCGACCUGUGCGGCGAUAGUGGCUAGGGAUCAAAGGAUCAAACUCGCGGAAUUCAAUGCACUAUCGCCGAUCUUGGCUGGCAGGGAGGCAGCUUUCGCCGCUAUCCGUCGAAAUAACCAGUUGCGGGCUGCGUUCUCACUGAACCUGCCGAGGGCGCUGCUGUUUGAAGUUCAAGUGACUCGGCAGUCUUUGGAUAUGGCAUCCAGUUAUGAGGCGCCACAGUUCAGCCUUAAUCGAGCAAUGUACCUCUCGCACCUCACUCAGUUGGCUGAAAGUGUAGGACUGAAGGUAGACGUCGCUAUCAACUACGACCUGGCCAAAACGCUGUGGGCACAGGAAGAAGUGUCAGCCUCCAUUGACAUCCUCCAAAGCCUGGGAGACCGCGAAGAUGCUGCCGCACAGGCCAUCGCGGUGCCGCGAGCUGACAUUCUGACAGACCUGGGCCACAAGAUUGCCGAAGCUCGUCUGGAAAAACCGGAUGAGAUUAUAGAACGGUACCUAGCUCCAGCAAUCCGAGAGCUGCAGGGACCUCGUACCGGCUCCGCAGCUGGCCGAGUGUUUCACAAUUUUGCUGCGUUCUGCGACAUGCAGCUGCAGGACACGGACAACCUGGACGACUUCACGCGAAUCAGCAAAAUCAGAGAUCGGAAGAUGCACGAAGUCCGCGAGCUAGACAGGAUGGUGAAAAAGGCGAGCAAUGACCAACAGCGAGCCAAAUUGAAAACACACUUAGCAAGAGCCAAAACCUGGUUCAAACUCGAUGAAGAAGAAUGGAGGAGGGUCUCGCAGAACCGAGAGAACCUCAUCCUUCGGUGCCUGGAGAACUACCUGUUAUCGAUGAGGGCGUCCGACGACUAUCCCAGUGACACGCUCCGUUUUAUCGCGCUGUGGCUCAAUCAAGCCGAGAGUCCAACAGCGAACGCUGCUGUUCGCAAGUACCUCGACUCGGUCCCUACUCUCAAGUUCGCUCCGCUCGUCAAUCAGCUGUCUUCUCGCCUGCUGGAUAUUCAGGAUGAUUUUCAGACCCUGCUCAAGGAUCUCAUGUUCCGCAUCUGCUCUGAUCAUCCAUAUCACAGUUUGUACCAGGUGUUUGCCACCAGCAAAUCCAAGGCUCCCCCUGGGGAUGAAGUGGCUGCUUCCAGAUUCGCCGCCGCCAACAUAUUGACCGAACGCGUCAAGCAACAAAGCACAUCCUCGGCAAUAUGGACGACUGUUCACAAUACUUGCGUUGCUCUGAAUCGGGUGGCUGUUGAAGGGCUCUCUGACCGAGACCUCAAGAGUGGUUCGAAACUCCCGCUACGAAAACUGAAAUACGGCCCAGCGUUGGAAGCUCAGAUGACCAAACCGACAACAAAGAUCCCUCCACCAACCAUGAACAUUGCCUUGCGAGCAGAUCGAGACUAUUCAGGAGUACCCACUUCGACCAUGGUUGAUCCGAUGAUCUCUGUCGCCGGCGGUGCAUCGGCUCCCAAAAUUGCAACCAUCACCGCCUCGGAUGGGUCUCGACACAAACUGCUGCUGAAGGGAGGCAACGAUGACCUUCGGCAGGACGCCAUCAUGGAGCAGGUCUUUGAACAAGUCUCGAACCUCUUGAAGGACCACCGUGCCACGCGGCGACGCAACCUUGGCAUUCGGACCUACAAGGUCAUCCCACUUACAAAGAACUCGGGCGUUAUUGAAUUUGUCCAGAACACUAUCCCUCUUAACGAAUACUUGCUUCCUGCUCACGCGCGCUAUUAUCCCAAGGACUAUAAGGCCAGCCGUGCCCGAAAAGACAUCUUCGAGGCACAGGCCAAGAACCUUGAGCAGCGCGUGCGAACCUACCAGACGGUUACCGCCAACUUCCACCCCGUUAUGCGAUUUUUCUUCAUGGAGAAGUUUCUUGACCCAGAUGACUGGUUUUAUAAGCGUCUGAAUUACAGCCGAUCCACUGCUGCCGUGAGCAUCUUAGGCCAUGUCCUUGGACUGGGAGACCGACACGGCCACAACAUCCUCCUUGAUGAGAAGACGGGCGAAGUGGUCCACAUUGACUUGGGCGUUGCCUUUGAAGCGGGUCGCGUCCUCCCUGUGCCCGAAGUUGUACCCUUCCGGCUCACUCGUGAUCUGGUAGACGGGAUGGGUCUCACCGGAGUAGAGGGUGUCUUUCGGCGGUGCUGCAACUUCACCCUUGAAGCCCUUCGCCAUGAUCAAGAAGCAAUCAUGACUAUCUUGGACGUCCUGCGUUACGACCCCCUAUACUCGUGGUCCAUCUCCCCUCUUCGCCUGCAGAAGAUGCAGGAAAGCAAUGAGCAAGCCGCUGCGGAUGCCGCGAGUAUUGCUGGUGGCCCGUCCACUUCGUCGAUGACCAGCGGCGUCGGUUCCACCUUUGCUGGUGCGGCCGACAAUGCUGCCGGCGUGAUUGCGGCACGCCGAGAAGAGACCGAGCCCUCGGAAGCGGAUCGCGCGUUGACCGUGGUGGCGAAGAAGUUGGGCAAGGCCCUGAGCGUAGAGGCCACCGUGAACGAGUUGAUCAGACAGGCCACAGAUGAGAGGAACUUGGCUGUGUUGUACUGCGGCUGGGCUGCCUAUGCUUGAUUGUUGCACGAUGGUGAUGAUGGGAUGGGGAGAGGCAGUUUGAUGGAAGAGAUGCAGACCACCACAGCGAAGGCGAAUAAGGGAGUGGAGCGCAAGAGACGGAAUGAAGGGGGGAUAGGAUAUGUGUCGAAUAGAACCAGUCGACACCAGGAGUAUGCAGAGUUCUUGCUAGAGUUGAUGAACACAACAUGACGGAUCAUAGACAGCAGUGUUCAAAGAGGCACGAAUUGAUACAAUUUGAUACGAUGGCUUCACUUUUACUCGACUUGACAUGCAUUCAUCUUGCAUCGAUCGCC